GUUGGAGACCGGAAGGGUUGGAGACGAGGAUGACCGAGGUGAUGGUGGUAAAACCGUAAAAAGGAGGAGAAACGCUGAACCAUGCUGGUAGAAAUGUUUCCUUCCAGCCUCUCAGUGACAUUAUGCUUCUUCUGACACUAUUCGCCGGGUUAAAAGGAGCAGACUGUUCCCCGUUGUAAACCUGCAGCUGCAUAACGAGGCUACAUGGUGUGUGUUUCCUGCCCAGACUGUGGAUGUGUGGUCGUCCAGGGAUGCAGAGCUACGAGGAGUUCUGUCUGCAGAGUUUGGCGUUACUGCAGGAGGGGAAACUCCAGAGGAAGACAUGUGAACCUCUUAGUUCCCUGAAGGGUCCCUCUGUCAUCCGCUUUCAUGGAAGAUCUAUACUGUUGCCUCGGCUGAGUGCAGAGCAGUAUGCAGAGAUGUAUGGCUACAAGCAAAGAGCAAUCCAGCUGGAGCAGAACAAGGAGAACCAGCAGAGAAAAAGGCUCCUGGCCCGUGUUCAGGACAUACUGGAUCAAGCUCAGGUGCAAGAAGUACCAUGUGAGAAAAAUAUCAAGCUGCUUGUUUGUAAACCUGCGACUGUUAGUGGCUACACCUUGGUUACUGACUCACCUGGGCCUCCCAAAGCUGCUGGAGUUAAGUCAGAGGCAGUAGAGUCUCCUAAUCCAAGCUCUGAGACUCCCAUAAACAACGGUUAUAAAGAAGAGGAGACUUUAAAUGGGGAGGAUCAAGAGAGAAGUGAAGAGGAAGAGGAGGAAGAUGAGGACAUAAGUUUGGAUAGCCUUCUUAAAAGAUCAAGGGAGUAUGUGCAGCGGGAGCAGAAUCAGCAGAGAUCAGCUGAGACGGUUGACCCCAUCAGAGAGACUUCCCCAGCGAAAAGGGUUUCUAUCAAACAGCACAGUCCUAUAAGAGACAAAGGUGUUGAGUUUGGAUUCAGUUUGCAUCAUAGCCCACCUGGUUAUGAUCCCAGUCCCCAAAGGUCUGCCCCCCUCUCACCUAUUAACCCGGAGUAUGCUUGUCUCCCUAGUCAGGAGUCCCAUAUUAGCCUUCGUUCUGGUUGCCGUAAACCGCGGCCAUUUUCUACAGGAAACAUUCACAUCUCGUUUCCAGUUGGAACUGCAGACCUUAUCCCUCGAAGCCCGGAGAGGUUAAAGGGGCGGGCUGUUCAGGUGGACUGGUCAGCGGCUCUGUCAGCUGGUUCCUACAGCAGUUGGGGCAUAGAGGAGGGUGAAGGCAGGUGCAAUGCCACCCCAGUGCAGGAAAGAAAAAGCUCUGUGAGUGUCUCAGUACCCAGCUCCAUGAUGCACCAUGAGUCUUUGGGUUUCCGUCGGCGCUCUCACACACUAGACAGCCAGCUGAAUACCUUCCAGUCUGGAGCAGAGCAUGUUGACCGGAGCCAGGAGAGGGUCCCUCGCUUCAUUGCAGGUGUGACAUGCCUAGCUCCAAGUAGGCGCUCCACUGAAGCCCCUUUGAACCGAUCUUACAAGACAGAAAGCUGCACUUCACGUCCGCUGAGGCACCGUUGGAGUCCUGAUGAGUCCCAAGAGUUAACCAACAGCAAGAAAACACCUUUCCUGAAAAAUACUGCUGAGCUACAUCCCAAGUCAGAGGCGAGCCAAUGGCGAGCGCAUGCUCUGGAGGACAUGCAUAGACAUUUAGAGGAGGAAUAUGCCUUGCAGAUGGCGACACUUCUAGCUGAGCAAGAAAAGGAGCAACACCGCCUCCAUCUGGAGCUUGAGGAGACAGAGAGGAGACUGAAAGAGCAAAAGUGCGAGACGCUGACAAGUGAUUGGAGCUAUCAGUCUGUGAGUGGCAGCUGUCCUUUAAUGAGUCCCUCCUGUCCAGGACUGAGUCCCAGUCACGCACCAUCAGAACGAUCAUCUGGACACAACAUAGGUUUUUCCGGUGCGGUUCCUCCCAGUGUGAUGACUCCCUCUACCCAGACUGCUGUUUAUCUGCGGGGCUUUUCACAAGCAGCACACAAAUCCAGAGCGAGGCAAAGUUUGGUUCUAACAGCAGAGCAUCAGAAAGCCUGCUGUCAAAUUGGUGCCAUGAUCCGAGGCUUCCUCAUACGCAGACUACUCAAAACAGAAAAGGUGAAACACCUGCGCCAAACCGUUGUGGAUACACAAGAAUUCAUUAAAUCAUUUGAGACUGAAGCUGCAGAGAAGAGAGGGAGCUACACUGCACAAGACCUUUCCCUGCAGGAGAGAGUCAGAGCUCAGCUGCGUGCAGCCCUGUAUGACGUCCAUGAGAUUUUCUUCGAAAUGCCUUUGAGGGAUCGAUUAGUGCUUCUGCAGCAGGACAGGGAGCUCCGUGCAGAGAGAAAACUUCGAGAGCUGGAGAAAGCCAAGUCUCCCAAAGACAGGGUGUCUAUUUCUGCUGCCACACAAAGAUCUCUAGACAGAAAGAAGAAGGCCAGUGAAUCCCCCGCACCAGUCAGGAAGGCACAACGCAAGCCAAAAAGCCCCACAACCAACAGAACUCUGAAGCCAAGCCAGGGUCACACGUCCUCUUCUCCAGGCCAGAUGAACCGCCAGGGGAGCUGGUGCAGAAAGACUCCAGAAGAGAGAGUGAGGAUCUUGGACACAAUGAGGAAGCAACACUCUGUGGGAUGACUAACGCAUUAAUGCCUGAUUUUAAAACUUGAAUUUUUAAUGUUAAUAUAAAUCUUGUACAAGUGAAACCAUUACUAUCAGUGCUGCUAAGUUUCACUCCAGUCUCACUUUUAAACAAGAGUUCACCAUCACACAGUAGCCCACUGCUUAAACGAUCUAAUGUGCAAUGUUUUUAUUUUUACCUUUUGAAACCUUUUUUUUUUAUUGUUAACUACUGAUUGUAUAACAGGAAUGUAAUAAGUGUUGAGUAAUUUAUUAAGAAGGCUGGUGUUUUUUUGAGUAGAGAGGCAGCUGCUCAGUCAGAGCUAAACAAGUUAGAAAUGUAUCUGUGCCUAAGAACUACGGCGUGCUGCCAGCACGUUUAUUCUCUAUUUAUCUCCUGGGAUCAUAAACACUAAGUGCUUGUGGUUGUAAGAAAAAAAU